AUGAAUAACACAAGGGACAAAGUCAUUUCUGCUUUAAUACUUUUCGUAUAUACUACUUCAUGUAUUUUUGCAGAAUUCAUGUGCUCCAAAAGAACUGUCAUUAUCAAUGAAAUAACUAAGCAAGUUCAUCAAAUUUCGGAUAACGCAGAUCCAAGCUCCAUUCCAAACGGCCAAUUAGUAAUUUUCAAUACCAAAGACACCCUCUAUAAUUUGGUACAAGAUCCCGACUUUGGAUUAGCCGAAUAUUGUGGAGAAUUAACCAGAAAAGUUCAAUAUUGUAUGUGGACCGAACUUGAGCAUUCAGAAACAAUCAAUAAUGUCACACAUUAUUCCUAUACAUACCAUAAAAUGUGGACCCACAGGCCAAUCAACUCAUUAUUUUUCCAUAAUCCCACUUAUCAUAAUCCAUCCGUUGAGAUAAUUCCAGAAAGAUCUUUCCAUAACCAGAUGAAAGCUGGAACCUUUUUCCUUUCAGAUUCAUUAUCAUAUUCUGGAAGUACUGACACUCUUCAUCCACACAAUCAGCAGAUUGUUCAAUUCCAAAAUUCUCCUUAUGCAAAGCAGUUUCAAUUCGCCGGAAGAGGAAUUUUCUAUUCGACUUACAAAGAUGGCUACCUUGAAACAUUAUUAAAGGUAGGGCAAUUUUUCGAUCUUGGUUCUAGAGGUUAUUCAGAAUGGUGCGAACCUGGUGAUAGACGUGUCUGGUUCGAAUAUUGGGCUCCAGAGCAAGUUACAGUAAUUGGCAAAGCAAUGAAUGGACUUAUCUUGCCUGUUUCGUUAUACGAUUACAAGAUUGGAUCCGCUAUUUCAGGCUUUGUAACAACACGUGAUGCAAUCGCAAAUAAUUUCUCAAUUAUCCCGACAAUAUUUAAGUGGGUAAUGAGAGCUUCUAUUUCAGGAUUAAUCUUAUACUUCCUAUCUCAAAAUAUCCAAUUCAACUAUUCAUAUUUCGGGUUAAUUAUUGCUGGAAUCAUCCUGGCUCAACCAAUGAUCAGUGGCAAAUAUUGUAUUAACAAAUCUACCGGAGGAUUGUUAUUGUUUUCAGCUGUUGUUGCCUUACCAAACUUUGUUUUUCGGUAUUUCAAUGAAGUUUCAGAAUAA